GUGGUCCGAAGUGGCAGCCUGACAUCCGGUCAGCGCGGGGAUUUUCCUCGCGGGGAAAGUGGCCGAGGCAGAAUGGGGAAACAGAAUAGCAAGCUGGCCCCUGAAGUGAUGGAGGAUCUGGUGAAGAGCACGGAGUUCAAUGAACAUGAGCUAAAACAGUGGUACAAAGGAUUUCUAAAGGAUUGUCCAAGUGGUAGACUGAACCUUGAGGAAUUUCAGCAGCUCUACGUAAAGUUCUUUCCAUACGGAGAUGCUUCAAAGUUUGCCCAGCACGCCUUCCGAACCUUCGACAAGAACGGAGAUGGCACCAUCGACUUCAGAGAGUUCAUUUGUGCACUGUCCAUCACCUCAAGAGGCAGUUUUGAGCAAAAACUAAACUGGGCCUUCAACAUGUACGACUUGGAUGGUGAUGGUAAAAUUACGAGAGUGGAAAUGCUGGAAAUUAUAGAGGCCAUCUACAAAAUGGUGGGCACUGUGAUAAUGAUGAAGAUGAACGAGGAUGGUCUGACGCCUGAGCAACGGGUAGACAAGAUUUUCAGCAAGAUGGAUAAGAACAAAGACGACCAGAUCACACUGGACGAAUUCAAAGAAGCUGCAAAGAGCGAUCCUUCCAUUGUAUUACUCCUGCAGUGUGACAUUCAAAAAUGAGCUUGUGUGCAAUGCAUCACAGACUGCACAGAAGUUUAAAUGUUCCAUUCAGUUUGCAGCUAUUUCCACACACACACACAAAAAUUUGCUUGGACUACCUAUAAAUGGACUUGCUUCUUGUGUUUGAAACACUUGUGUGCAUGAGAAUGUCAUUUGCUAAAGAAUUUUAAAAGUAUAUAUUAUAAAAAUAAACUGCCACAACGUGACGUGUGCAAUGUCAUUUCAUAACAACCCCAUUCCUCUGAAGCCUGUGCAGCAGUCCUGUGCUGCAGUGAAUUAUAUUAUUUAUUGUUCAUGUUUUACUGAUGCUAGCUCUGUGUCUCCUAGACUGAGUAAUGUUAGUGACACUGAAUUCCCAAGGUAAUGUUAACUGUUUAUUAUAAAUCAUGUCACCAUUCUGCUGUAAAGUAGUACUGGACAGACAGAGGGGAAGAUGUCCUCAGUUCUUAAGUCUGAUCCACACAUGUGCUUGUAUUGUCAGUGGAUAUAAAUGUACUUCAUUUGCAUGCCUUUUAGGUUUGCCUUAAUUCUUACCUCAUUUGCAUCCCUUCAAUCUGGAAAGAGCUAUGUCAGAGGAAUGCAGUAUAAACAAGCAAAUCCUGCUAAAAUGCUCCCUUUAAUUAAAAGUAUAUAUAAAUAUAUAUAUAUAUAAUGUUCAAAAUAUUGUUUUAUUGGAAGUUUAAAGGUUUUAUUGAAAGUGUAUUGAUCUUUGCCUGAAUUUUCAAAAGCUUCCACAGAGGUUGCAAUAUAUAUGUCCCAAAAUAAAUUUAUAAUAUUUGACCUUUUCCCCUAAUUCUUAUUUCAUAUCUUCAGCAUGGUAAUAGAGGGAAAAAAAAAGAAAAAAAAAAAAGAUUCCAAGCUCUUGCAGUUAUCUGUCGUUGUACUCCUGGGAAAUAUGUAUUUUAUUACGAAAGCAUGAAGAAAUUUCUUUGCACUCGCUCAUUGGAAGAGUCGUAUUAUACAAAAACAAAAGUUGUAGUUCUUGUAUUUGCCAAGAGAGCAGCUGUUUAUCCUCUAAGAUGUUGAUGCUAAGGUUUAACAGUAUACCUACUACACCUGUGUUUACAUAACUUUUUAAGCUAGCUGUAAGUCAAAUACAAUUUAUUUGCUUGGCCUAA